AUGUGCGCCGCGUACACGUACCCGGUGCGUUACGCCAGCAAUGACACGAACAGCCACGACAACGGCGACAACGAUGAAAGAAGCUCCACGGACGGCUCGCCGGCGGUCUCUGACCCCGUCUCCAUCGCGGGCAGUCCGCGCUACACGAGCCACGCCGAGGCAGAGAAAGUUGCUUACCAGCAGGAAGACAACGUACAGCAUCGCGAUUUUGGACUGCAGGGUGGUCACGAUGAACACUGCGGAUGUGGCAGCGAUGACAAAGGACAAGACGCUGCGGCAGCAGCAGCAGCGUCAGAGAAAGCGGAGGAGAAGCCACAUGGCCGGCAGGACUUCAGCACAGUCUUUCAUCAAGAGGUCGCUGCGUGGCGGGCGAGCCAGAAGCAUGAUGGCAAUCUUAGUAGCGCUUCAGCAGCGCAGGACAACGCAUCAUCAUCAACGUCGUCGCCGGCUGCUGCCUCUGCUGCUGCUCCUGUGGCGCCCCCCAGCAGUGCGCAUCACCGACACCGCCACGUGGACCCAGAUGAUGUCCCACAGGGCAUGAGCUACGAGGACUACGUCGAGCACCUGCAGGCCGAGGAGGAGAUGCAGCGGUUCCUCGCACAAAACACCAUGCACUCCAUUCGCCGCUCCAUGUCACGCGACAACGCCGCGGCGGAAGCGGAGGCGUUGCUCACGACGAACAGCGCGAUGCGGACACGGUUGGAGCCGCAUCAGGGCUACCGCGGCGUGCAGACGCUGCUGGACUACAACAAGCAGUGGGCCGCCGAGGUCAGUCGCUUUAACCCGCGGUACUUUAUCGAGCUGGCGAAGGAGCAGAAGCCGGAAUAUCUCUGGAUCGGCUGCAGCGACAGCCGGGUGCCGGCGAAUGAGGUGGUCGGCCUGCACCCCGGCGACGUGUUUGUGCACCGCAACAUCGGCAACAUCUUUUCGCUGUCUGAUCUUAACUGCUUGUCUGCCCUGCAGUUCGCGGUGGACUGCUUGAAGGUGCAGCACGUUAUCAUCGCGGGCCACUACAAGUGCGGUGGUGUCACGGCGGCGAUGCGGGGCGACAACUUAGGGCUGACCGACCACUGGAUUAUGCAGGUGGCGGACAUCAAAAACAAGUGGUGGGACCGCGUCAUGACUGAUAUCCCCGUGGAGUACCACCUGAACGCGCUGUGCGAGCUAAACGUGUUAGAGCAGCUGAGCCACGUCGUCAGCUGCCGCAUCGUGCAGCGGCGGUGGCGGGCGCAGAACGCGAAUGACCGCUACUACGGCCGCGCCGCGAAUAGCGUCUACGUGCGGCCCGAGUACGCAACGAAACACCUCAGUGAGAAGAAGAUUCGCAACAACCUCCCGACGACGGUGGUGAACUACGAGGAGGAGCUGGAGGUGCACGGGUGGGUGUACAGUCUCGACGAUGGCAUGCUGCGGCCGCUGCUGAGUCUGACGCGGCACUCCAGCGUGAAGCACGAGAUCACGCAGGCGAUUGAGGCGCUUUUUAUCCGAUACUCUCAAAUGACGUAG